ACAUAGAUUUUCUUGGAUUCUUUUCCAUCUGAAAUCUGAAAAGUCAACGCGGAAAUGUCUCUAGUCACUGUACCAUUCAAGUGGUCAACACGCAUGUCAAUCCAAAAACACGGAACUGCGUCAUCUAGUUACUUUUCGCAUGCUUUCGACAGCGUGGAUUGGAUCGGUGGAGAGCAAGUGGCUAAUCUUGUGUGAAGUUGUGCUCUGAGAACUCACCUGAUUUGUGGUCAAGAUGCUGGAUGAAAGCAAGGCCAAGGAGCUGCUGCCAUUUUUGACGUUGGAGACGAGACCUGACGUGAAAGGCCAGGCAACUGAGUACAUCCUCGGUGUCACAGCCACAAGGGACGGCUGCCGCUAUCUCAGGACCAAACCAGACUUCCUCAAAGCGCUCCUCACACUAACAACAGAUAAAUCAAUAGCCAUAGUGAAGGACUGCUAUCACUCUCUCAUCAACCUCUCAGCUGAUGAGACACUGCAUCAGCCAUUGGUGAAAGAGGCCAACGUUUUACCCACACUCUUCCAAAACCUGCUUGAUCCAGGAUACAUGUUCUCUGACCGCAUUUGUACUAUCCUCACCAACCUCUCUCGACACGAGAAGACUUGCAGAGAGGUGUUCAGGGUUCUGCAGGAGCAAGACAUUGGCUUGGCCAAAAUAGUGGAGAUCUUUUGCACAGAGGGUUUCAACAAGGUGGCCUCGCUGCAUUACUUGGGCCCCCUGCUGUCCAACCUGACACAGCUGCCUGAGACCCGACAGUUCAUCCUGGACAAGGAAAGAUGUGUGGUGCAGAGACUUCUUCCCUACACGCAAUACAACGAGUCAACAGUUCGGCGGGGUGGAGUCGUGGGCACAUUGAGAAACUGUUGCUUUGAUCACUUACACCACGAGUGGUUACUCAGUGAUGCAGUGGAUAUAUUGCCCUUUCUGCUGCUGCCAUUGGCUGGGCCUGAAGAGCUGUCUGAAGAAGAGAACGAAGGGUUGCCAGUAGACUUGCAGUACCUGCCAGAGGACAAGAGGAGAGAAGAGGAUCCAGACGUUCGGAAGAUGCUCGUCGAAACUCUGAUGCUUGUGAGCCCACUCCCAUACAUAAAAACCAUUCUAUGCCUGGCAGCACACUUGCUGUCAUGACAAACAACAUAAAAACAUCUCC